CCUGCAGCUGUCGGUCUGUUCCAAUUGGUUCUUCGGCUGCUGACGUCAGGGCGCCAGACAGGGGAGUCUGGACGGAGCGGGAGAGAGCGGAGGGAAUGGCUGCCAUACGCAAGAAGCUUGUCAUUGUUGGUGAUGGGGCCUGUGGAAAGACUUGUCUUCUCAUUGUGUUCAGUAAAGACCAGUUCCCUGAAGUCUAUGUACCCACUGUCUUUGAAAACUAUGUUGCAGAUAUUGAAGUGGAUUCGAAGCAGGUAGAGCUCGCACUCUGGGAUACAGCUGGUCAGGAGGAUUAUGAUCGUCUUAGACCUCUUUCUUACCCCGACACAGACGUAAUUCUUAUGUGUUUCUCUAUCGACAGUCCAGACAGUUUGGAAAACAUUCCCGAAAAGUGGACUCCAGAAGUCAAACACUUCUGUCCCAACGUCCCCAUAAUACUGGUUGGUAACAAAAAGGAUUUAAGGAACGAUGAGCACACCCGCAGAGAGCUGGCCAAAAUGAAACAGGAACCGGUGAAGCCAGAAGAAGGGAGAGACAUGGCUAACCGGAUCAGCGCCUUUGGAUAUUUGGAAUGCUCUGCCAAGACCAAGGAUGGUGUGAGGGAAGUGUUUGAAAUGGCAACUAGAGCUGCCCUUCAGGCCAAGCGAGGACGCAAGAAAAACACAUGCGAGCUACUCUAAGAAGGAAGCCAAGCCCUCCCAUCUUCCCUCUGCUUUCUGCCCUCACUCUGGGUUAAGGGGAGAGGCAGGUACUUCCUUGAACUUUGAGGAAUGUGAGGGACAAAAUACAGGAGACAAGCACAACAGUUAGCCUCUGCCCACAAAGCCGCCACCAUCUGUGUAUGGGAUCGUGUUCCUGUGUUACCACCCUUGUCAGUGGUUCGAAUUGUAGGGGUUAAAUUCUAACAGGUGUUUCUGUACCCCACAGGUGUACUGGGUGCUAAAUAUCUGCAGAAUUUGAGGGUGGGGGAUUUGUAUUUCUUCCAGAACUGUCUCUGUGGAUGGGAUUGUUCUAGGAGGGAAGCGUCAUGUUGUAGUUUUUCCUGUAUUCCCCCUGCUGUUUGGAUUGGGAUGAGUGCUGCAGAUUUGGGAAGAUUGGCCGUGGGCUCAGCAAAAGGCAGAGCGUGGUCUUCUUUAGGGCCUUUCUAGAUCUCUCUAUCUUGUCUUUGUCUCACUAAGGUCUUUUUAUCUUUGUGAGGGAUGUAUGUUUUUUUUAAGUUGUCUAAUUUUAUUCUGUUUAAAUUGUUUAUUCUCUUCUCAGUUUUAUUUUAAAAAAAACAAUUAAUGAAUUUGUCUUUUCCUGCCACACACCAUUCCACAAUAAAAUUUCUAGCCAAGUUUAGUAA